AUGGGCUGGCGCGCCGAGCACCCGCCGCACCUCGCCGCCGGCCUGCUCCUCUUGCUGCUAGUCAACCUGCCGGUAACCUGCCACCAAGAUCACCAAGAUGCCGUGCAUAUCACGGCGAUACUCGGCGAGAGUGUCGUGUUCAACUGCCAGGUGGACUUCCCCGAAGACAUCCCUGUGCCGUACGUGUUGCAGUGGGAGAAGAAGGUAGGCGAAACGGGGCAGGACAUCCCGAUCUACAUCUGGUACGAGAGUUACCCCACCCACAGCGGCGAGGGAUACGAGGGAAGGGUGUCGCGCGUCGCACCAGACUCCCCUUAUGGCGCUGCCAGUCUCAAUCUCACCAAUAUACGGGAAACAGAUCAGGGUUGGUACGAGUGUAAGGUGGUGUUCCUCAACCGUUCCCCGAAUCAGCACAAGAACGGCACGUGGUUCCACCUGGACGUGCACGCGCCGCCUCGCUUCUCCAUCACACCGGAAGACAUUAUAUACGUUAAUUUAGGAGAUGCAAUCAUCCUCAACUGUCAAGCAGAGGGCACCCCGACGCCCGAGAUCCUAUGGUACAAAGACGCCAACCCCGUGGAGCCGUCUGGCACAGUUGGGAUCUUCAACGACGGCACCGAGCUGCGCAUCAGUAACAUCAGACACGAGGACAUUGGAGAUUACACGUGUAUAGCGAGGAAUGGCGAAGGCCAGGUCUCGCAUACAGCAAGAGUCAUCAUUGCGGGCGGUGCUGUCAUAACUAUGCCGCCGUCGAACCAAACGAAGCUGGAGGGCGAGAAGGUGCAGUUCUCGUGCGAGGCGAAGGCCCUCCCCGGGAACGUGACGGUGAAGUGGUUCCGCGAGGGCGCGCCGGUGGCGGAGGUGGCGGCGCUGGAGACGCGCGUCACCAUCCGCCGCGAUGGCGCGCUGCUCAUCAACCCAGUCGCUGCCGACGACUCCGGACAGUACCUGUGCGAGGUCUCCAACGGCAUUGGGGAUCCGCAGAGUGCUUCCGCAUAUCUCAAUGUUGAAUACCCAGCCAAGGUGACAUUCACACCAACGGUGCAAUACCUACCAUUCCGACUCGCAGGUGUUGUACAGUGCUACAUAAAAGCCAACCCCCCACUGCAAUACGUUACUUGGACGAAGGACAAACGUCUACUGGAGCCCUACCAGACCAAGGACAUAGUCAUCAUGAACAACGGCUCGCUGCUGUUCACUAGAGUCAAUCAGAACCACCAAGGCCGGUACACAUGUACGCCGUAUAACGCACAAGGAACGCAAGGAUCUUCAGGUCCGAUGGAAGUGUUGGUCCGUAAACCUCCGGUGUUCACAGUUGAGCCAGAGCCUUUGUAUCAAAGGAAGGUGGGCGAGUCGGUGGAGAUGCACUGCGAGGCGCAGGAGGCGGAGGGCACGCAGCGGCCGAGCGUGGCGUGGCGGCGGCGCGACGGCCUGCCGCUGCAGAAGAACCGCGUGCGCGCGCUCGGCGGCAACAUCACCAUCGACACGCUGCGCCGCCAGGACUUCGGCAUCUACCAGUGCGUCGCCUCCAACGAGGUGGCAACAAUAGUGGCAGACACACAGCUGGUGAUCGAGGGCACACAGCCGCACGCGCCGUACAACGUGUCGGGCACGGCGACGGAGUUCCAGGUGACGCUGCGCUGGCAGCCGGGCUACGCGGGUGGGCCCGACUACAAGCAGGACUACACCAUCUGGUACCGCGAGGCUGGCUUCUCUGAUUGGACCAAGGUCCCCGUCACGCCCUCCGGUGCUACUUCCGUUACUAUAAAUCGUCUCCAACCGGGCACUACGUACGAGUUUCAAGUUAACAGUAAAAAUACGAUCGGUGAGGGAAUGAUGAGCAAAGCUAUAACUAUAAGAACAUUAGAUGUAGGCGCCAGAAUGAAGGUUACUCCAACUCUGCCGGGGCCGGUAGACGAAAAGAUAUUUCAGAACGCACCCGAAGGCUCUGGGCCGAAGCCGGGACCGCCGCGCAACCUGACGGUGACGGAGGUGCACAACGGGUUCCUCAUCACGUGGCAGGCGCCGCUGGAGCGCGCGCAGCUCGUGCAGUACUACACCAUCAAGUACCGCACCGACGCGCAGUGGAAGACGCUCAAUCGAGGACAGAUACGACCGGAGGAGACCAGCUACCUGGUUAAAAAUCUCGUCGGCGGGAGGACGUACUACUUUAGAGUGUUGGCAAACUCGGCAACUAGCUACGAGAGUUCAGAGGAAGUAAAGUUCCCAGUUCCGGCACGAGUGAAACACAAAGCGAUCACUGCGGGUGUAGUUGGUGGCAUACUGUUUUUCAUUGUCGCCAUCAUACUGUCCGUGUGCGCAGUGAAGAUAUGCAAUAAACGGAAGCGACGUAAACAAGAGAAAGCAUACAACAUGGUAGCCGCGCGCCUCACCGACCUACGCGCUGCUGACAGCACUCAAGUGCCUUUUAAAAAAUUUAGUGAACGCGGAAUAUCGAGUGUAGUACAGUGUCUACGGUUCACGGCGAACUGGAUCUGGCCGGCGUCGCGGUGCGGUGACGAGAGCCGCUACUGGGGCGUGGUACGGCGCGUGUCGGCGCCCUCCUCCGCGUCGCCCUCUCCUGCACCCUCCUCCUCCGACGACGGUGGCUUCCUGCCGCGCUCGCGCCCCUCCCCCUCCCCCGCGCCAGUCCUUCCACACGCCGCGCCGCCCUUCCGCGCCUCCUCGCCGGCGCUGGCGCUUCAAUGGCCCGCGUGGCCGCCGUGGCCGCCGUGGCCCGCGUGGGCGCCCUGGUCGCCGCUCCACGUGUCCGACCUCAGCUCUGUUCCGUUCCCGAGCUCCGCGGACGGUUCGUUCCCGACGCCGCCGUUCGCGUUCCGCGCCGUGCCGGGGCGGGCGCGGCGGCACGGCCGGCCUCGGCCCGAGCCGCUGCCGCACGAGGCGUCGCCGGAGAGCCGCUCGUCGUCCAGCGGCUUCGGCAGCAAGAACGCAUCGUCGCAGCACAACCGCAGCAGCCGAACGGGCAGUCUGGCGGAGUGGCGGCCGCCGCCGUACCGGCCUCCGCCCGCGCCGCCCGCCCCGCCCGCAGCGCCCGCGCCACCCGCGCCGCCGCGGCCCGACUCCGGCGCCGCGGUGGACGCGGGCUCCGUGGAUGUGCACUACGAGUGGGACCGCGCCACGCGUACGCCCACGCCCUCCACCCCGGAGCGGACGCGGAUCCGCCCGUCGCGGGACGACGUGGAAGCCCGUGUGCGCGCCAUGAAAGAGGAGUUCUUGGAGUUCCGCAAGCGACAAGCGCUGCGGCGCCGCUCGCCGGAGCCGUUGGCGCCGCCGCCGCCGCUGUCCCAACUGUCCCCGCUGGCUCCGCUGGCAACGCUCUCUACGCUGUCGCCUCUAGCACCGAUCUCGCAGGCCGCUCCCGCUGAAACCGUCUGCUGA